AUGGAUAACAUUUUACGUACUCUCGAGAAGAAUGCGAGAGAACGUGAAGGGGAGGAGACACAGAGAAGAAGAGUGGAGUUGGCGGAGAAGCUGGAACCAUAUAUACGAGGAUAUCUGAUACGCAAAAAAUAUCAAGGCAAAUUUAAAUUUUUCCGACCAAACUUCUUCAAUGACUUUGAAAAUCUUGAGAAGAACAACAAAACUCUUCUUACUGUGACUGAAAUGCUCGCAAAGGCUCCGAAAGUGAUAGAAUCAGCAAAAACACAGAAAGAUACAAAGCUUCUCUGCAAUAUCUGUCGUCAUAUAAUUAUUUCGAUUGAUUCUACGUCAAAGGAUAUCAGUUUCGUAGCUGCUUUUCUCAGCAAAGACACCAUAAAAGAAGCAACUAACUUGAUAACUUCGAUUUUCUCUCAAAUUCCCUCGAUCCUGAGUUCUAUUAAUUCAGAGAAAGCAGCAGAAUUGAAACAUUGGCAGUGUCUUAUUCAUUUUGUUAUCGUUUUUUCUUCGAGUUCAACAUGGCCAUUAGUUCGGAACGCAACUCAAGUUCACCCCGUGUUAAACGGUUUAUGCGUGAAAAUGAUGAGCAUUUUCUAUGAACAGAAGAAUUAUGAGCAGUUGGCAAGUUCACUGUUCGUAGCUGUCAAUGGCCACAAACCUAUCAUCAAUGUGGAAACAGUGAAUGCUCAGUUUUCAAUACUCUACAGACCUUUGAAGACGAAUAGUCCUGAAACACCGGAACUAUUUUCAAUAUGUGUUCUGAAGGUGUUAACAUGUCCAGCACUUCUUCUUCAUCUGAAUCAACAGAAUAUCGAGCAAAUCAAAAGUUCACAAUUGUUCGAAAAGACACUUUGCUGGUUGAGAAUUAAUCAAGAAGAAAUCGAAUCGGGAAUGGAUGUUCGACUUCUGAUUAAUCUACUGGCAAAUCUAGUUCAUUUUGCUUAUAUUGAUGAUCAAACACUACAAUCGAAGAUAUACGAAUGGACUUGGGCGGUUGGAACAUCACUCUCAAGAUGCACUGAACUUACAGUAAAACACGGGGAAGCGAAAACAAGUCUUCAGUAUUGGCAUCCUGUCUUCGGUCAUUAUCUUCUUCCAAUAGACAAGCGAACAGAAGGAGCUCUCCGGAACGUCCUAUAUCAAUUAAAAAUGCUGUGGAGCUCACGAGUUGUAAAAUGUCUUUUCGGGAAAAUUAUGGAAAAUAAGACUCUUUCACCAUGUUCGUCAUGCGACAGUCAAUCGGUUUCGAAAAAUCAAAAAGAUAUUAGUGCUGCUUUCAGCAAGUUGUGGCGCAAGCUUGGUGGAACAAUUGAUUCUGUGACAUCUUCGAAAUCAGAAUGUGAACCACCACCUAAUCUCAUCGCAAUAGUGUGUCAAGUGUAUAUGACAGCAUUAAGUACAAUGGUUCAUAUGAAAGGAGAAAUCGUAUCAGGAUUAUGUCGAGAUGAUCAGUUACUGAAGCAGUUAUGGUUAUACUUAAAAGAAUGGGGAGAGAAGUAUGGAAGUUCAAGUGGAUUAUUAUUUAACUCUUCUAACGCUGAACAGUUCGGGCCGGUAUCUGCGUCACUACUAUCGUUGAAGAGACCCACGUCUCCACACACGGCUACUCUUCGUUUGUUUGUUGAUUGUGCAUCUGCUAUCAUUUCAAUUCUCGACGAGGAGGAAAUAUUUGAAAAAGGAACUCCAUUCUCCAAUAAAGAACUCGAAUCAAUUUGUAAAUAUGUAAAUGUGUUCUGCUUUCGUGCGAUUUGGAGUGGAGCUGUCGAUGAAACAACAUCAAAUAGUAUUGGGCUUUUCCAGAGUAUGCACUCACUUCUCACAAUUCUUUACGAAAGAGAUAGUCGAAGAUCUUUUACUAAUGAUCCCAGGUUCUGGUUGAUCUCAGAAGUGAAACCUUCAUCUGUAACAAUUGAGUAUGAAAAAAAAUCUGGAAAAGGAAUUUUGAUGAUGCGAAAAAUGGCCCAUCUAGUUCCUAUUAAGGAUCGGAUGCUUCUUUUCCGUCGCCAAGUUCAAGAUGAUAAGAAUGGAGUUGCUUCGAGUAUAAAUGAUUCUCAAAUGCAAACGUGGAUCACAGUUCAAAGAAAUCGAAUAAUUGAAGAUGGGUUCAAUCACUUAUCGAAGCUAACUAUUCCUGCAUUGAAAUCAACAAUCCGAGUUAAAUUUGUGAAUGAACAAGGACUUGAUGAAGCCGGAAUCGACCAAGAUGGAGUUUUCAAGGAAUUUCUGGAAUUAACACUGAAGAAAGUUUUUGAUCCGCAACUCAACUUGUUUUCCACCACUUCUACAGGAGUUCUGUAUCCUUCUCCAACUUCUUCGCUCCACGAUGACCACCUGGCACUUUUUACGUUUGUGGGCAGAAUGCUUGGGAAAGCAGUUUACGAAGGAAUCGUUGUUGAUGUCCAACUAGCUCCAGUUCUUCUUGCUGCUGUUCUCGGUUGUCAUCGAUUAUGUGCAUUUGACGAGCUGAGUCAACUUGAUCCUGAAUUAUACCGAAGUUUGACAUUUGUAAAAAGAUACGAAGGUGAUAUGGUAGACCUUUCGCUUACUUUUUCCGUUGAUGAAGAUUUCAUGGACAAAAUAUCCACUGUCGACUUGGUUCCAAGUGGACGAACUAUUGCAGUGACAAACGAGAACAAGUAA